AUGACAGAGACAGAUUCAACAUCAAAGGACAAGAACAUUAUUGUCAAGUGCAAUCUGUGUGCGAGUGCGACACCGAGGGAACUUUCUACAUCCAAAAACAGCAACUUGAAGAAACACGUGGACCGGUGCCACGCUAACACCAAGUUGACAGAGAGAGAUGCAGGCGGGAAGAAGAGAAAGAGAGCAGAGGACGAAAGUGCGGGAAAGAGUCAGACAAAGCAGCAGAAAUUAAGUUUCUCUCGGUCUGCCGUGCUACUUGAACCAAGAGAAGUGAGGAGACAGGUGGCAGAGUAUGUGGUGGAGGAUAUGCAGCCUCUGUCAACAGUGAAUUCACCAGCUUUUAAAAAGUUUGUCUGCAAAAUCCCCACCAACGCCAGCAAUGACAAGGAUGCACUUCUGGCUGCUGUCUCCCUGCCAAAGUUCAAGCUGCGCUGGGUAAAAGAAGAAGCCAGAAGAGACCACAUCAAGUUCCUCCUCACAACGGAGUGCCGCUCCCUAACAACAGAAGAGCCUACAGCCCUGAUGCCCGAUGCCCCUCAACCUGCUGCUACCAGCGAGGAUGACUUUUUUUCCUUUGAUGUACAGCCCAAUGCCAUGGCUGAUGUGCCCAUCUCCGCCUCUUCCCUCCUUCAAAACCUCAGACUCUGCAGAAAACCACACAGCAGCUCCAGCCCAGCUGUCAAUCAUCAGUCAGCAGCAGGGGCUGAUGGGAGUUCUGAGGACCUGUUAGAAACCGCCCGGCUCAGUCUGACCCCGCAGCUCGUCCUGGUUUGGCCUCACUUCUCGUCAGGUUCACCAGAGGAAAACAACAAAAUGUUUCUCCUCCCUGCUGUGGCUCUGUGCUGUGUGAGCUCAGCGCUGGCUGCCAUGACAACAGAGCUCAAACAGGACAGUUUGUCACUGACCAGGAGAGUUGGAGAAAGUGUCUCCUUCAGCUGUGAACGUUUAGACCUGUGUUAUUUAGGUUAUGAUUAUGUGUUCUGGUUCCAGAAAAAAGACAACGUAACAUUUACAAGGAUUCUGAGGAUUGAUAAGAGUAAUGGUGAAGUGUACAAAGCUCUUUACAAUCAUCCUCAGAAAGAUGAUUUCUCAGCUGUGAUCAAACAGAACGGUGUUGAGCUGCAGAUCCAGAAGGUUAAUUCCUCUCAUUCAGCCACAUACUACUGCUCCUGUUUGUUAACCCCCACAGUGAGAAAUGAUCCGAGCAGGCUGAACAAAAACCAACAGAUGAGCAGAAGUCAGAUAAUGUUUGUGACAGGAAGACAGCAGUAAACCACAGCUCACUGAGUCAUUCACCUCCAUCACACACAGGAUGAACUGAGGGAUUAUUUUACUGGUGUCUGGAUUGAUUCUU